AGCUCAAGAUCAGCAGUGGGAGAUAAUCAUCAUCAGCAUCAGGCCAGUUCGUGUAUAUUCUGUAUGAUGUAAUAACCCGGCAAUACUACCAAGGCAUACACGUGAAACAUCCAGUGACAAGAAGCAAUAAGUGAGGCAAUCUAUUUUUAAAAGAGUGUAUAAGGCGGGAAUACUGAGCUUUAAUAUAUAAAUCCUGCAGAAGGGAGAUCGUGGAGAGAGCGAAGCAGGUGACACCGGUGACAGAAACUAAACUAUAACACUGCCGCCUGUCCCUCGAGUCAUGGAGGCGAGACGCGGUCCUGCAGACACUGAGCCCCUCCCAGCCAGCCCCGCCAAGCCCUGCAGGACCUGUGUAGACUUCAGGUCGUGGAUGAAGAGUCAGCGGGCCCGGGGAGAGGAGGAAGCCAGGCCGGGUAAGACUAAUGGUACCACAGAGGAUGGAGCAGCAACAGCAACACUGGCAGCAGCAGCAGCAACAGCAUCAGGAGCAGUGGCAGCAACAGCAUCAGGUAGCUCAACAUGUCAGGGGUCACAGGCAAACAGCACCUCAUCUUCCACUAGUCCUCAAAAGAAUGAUGUUCAAGAUGAGGGGGAUCCACCACUCUGGGGAGAUGCAGCAAAAUACGGAUGCCCAGCAGACAGUUUGGCACUGGGACAUGGCACUUGGCGGCUCCUGCACACCAUGGCAGCUUACUACCCCAACCAGCCUUCCUCCCAGCAGCAGCAAGACAUGCGUUCCUUCAUCACACUCUUCUCCAAGUUCUACCCAUGUCCACCAUGUGCAGAGGACUUCAGGGAAUGGCUGAAGACUAACACCCCUAAAGUGGAGUCCCGCAGCAGCCUCUCCCAGUGGUUCUGUGAGGCCCACAAUGAGGUCAACAGGAAGCUGGAGAAGCCACUCUUUGACUGCAGACGUGUCAACGAGCGGUGGCUUGACGGCUGGGUGGACGGCUCGUGUGACUGAAUGAGACCGAGGAAUUAGUAAAAAGACGAGUGACCAGUCAUGCUGCCAGCCGAGUUCUCCAGCAGCAACAAGGCGGCCGUGGCGGUGAUCGAGUCAGCUCGAAGCAUUUUUGCUGAUAUUGGUGUUGAGGUUGUGUGGGCAAUGAGGAGUAACAAUGCUCCCAAGAAUGCCCCACCCUUUCUCCUCCAUGCCACACCCACCAGUGACCCACCCACCACCACCCUGUGGAGACGAGGAUCUCCAGGUACACGUAAGGGAGGUCACCAUGGUGGCUCUGCAGCAGGUCAUGAAUGCUGGGGACAGCAGGUCAGGGUAGCUGGCCAACGGCAUGUCAUUGAAAACCUGGACCUGUCCAGGCUGAAGGACAUGCAGUGGCAGCGACACAGACUCAGGAGCAGUACAUCCUGCAGGACUGGGCCAUGAGGCCACUGAAGGAUGAUGCCUCAUUCUGCAGGAAGAGAGUGGCUUGUGCCAAGGUGACACCACCCUCUACCUCACCUGCAACACCCUCUCAUCCCAGCUUCACCUAACAGCCAUCAGUCAUCUGCUGCCUUGCAUAUAAUACAAUUUUAAUAUAACCUUCUGUCUUCUGUAUCUUGAAGUGUGUAAAAAAAAAAUUAGUUGUAUACUUUUUGUCCUUGAGAAAAAAAUAAAAUAAAAAGUUGAUAUGGUUGGUCAGCAGUGAAGGAACGACCUAUGACCUAAAAAACUGUGAAGGAACGAUGACCUAUGACCUAAAAAAUAGACUUACCUAUUUUGUUUACCUAUGACCUACCUACAAAAUAGACUAAGUUUAAGAUGCAAUUUCCACAUAGAGGUCCCAUCCCUCCCCGAGGCAGGGGAGGGUCAGGGUGUCCAUAGAAUUCUGACCCUCCCUGACUAAAGGGAGGGAUGUGCCCUCUAUGUGCAAAUCACAGCUUAAACUUAAGACUCUGACCAGGUCAGUCAUCCUUCCUUCACUGCUGGGGGGAAAUUGAAAUCAACCACAUCAACUCUUUUUAUGAGCUUAACAAUUGUAAGGCAGAUUACAAUGAAAUUUUUAUUCUUUCAAGAUGACAAGCAAUUUCUGAAGUUUGUACACAUCUUUCCAUGGAGAAAAAAGGAUGCCGGAAUUGAGAGGUCUUCCUAGCCUCAGGACAGCACUAGACCAUCUCCCACAAGUGCUGGGCUGAUGUGUAGCUCAGGUUCUGCAACAUUCUCCAAAGGCCACCCACUUCUCUCCACUUCUAUCAGGACUCCACUUGUACUUUGAAGACACAGUGUUGACAGAGCUGAACAGAGCUGGGCCCUCUUCAUUCUAUGAUGACCCAAUUCAGUCAUAAUACUUCACUUGAGGACAGCUGACUGGCACCAGGGUUCAUCCUCCACUCCAUCCAUGACGACUGAAGACCCAAUUCUGCCGAGACUCCGUUGGGUUGACUGGCACCAGGGUUCUCCAUCCAAUCCAUCUCCUUCAACACAGCUUCAACUCCCACCAGUCCAUUGCUCUCCACUCCUGCACUGAUCACCUGCUGGUCCCUCCUGGCUUCCUAGGCUUCAAGGGACUGGUGGGCAGGGCUGCAGCAUGAAUCAGCUGUCAAGGCAGGAGUGAAGUGGUGGCCUGAACUUUCUUGCAUCAAGGCAGCAGGCAGUCUUUCACUCUCCUGCAUAAAUCCUGCAAGUGAAUAGUUCUUUGUGAUACACUCUGGAUAAUCUUCUGUAGCUACAGAACCUAUACAUGAUCAAAACAUUUUUUUUUUUUUUUUUCAUGUACGAGGGACACUGGUCAAGGGCAACAAAGAUCCAAUAAAUAAAAAAAAAAGCCCACCGAGAUGCUAGUCCCAGAAAAGGAUCCAAAGCGAUAGUAAAAAACUGAAGUUUAAGUGUCUUGAAACCUCCCUCUUGAAGGAAUUCAAGUCAUAGGAAGGUGGAAAUACUGAAGCAGGCAAAGAGUUCCAAAGUUUACCAGAGAAAGGUAUGAACAAUUGAGAAUACUGCAUUAGAGAGGUGGACAGAAUAGGGGAGGAGGGGAGACGUGCAGUUAGCAAGAUCAGAAGAGCAGUUAGCAUGAAAAUAGCAGUAGAAGACAGCAAGAGAUGCAACACUGUCUUCAACCUCUCUCAUCGCCACAGUGUUGCAUCUCUAGCCGUCUUCUACUGCUAUGAACGAGGUUGUCUUAGGCACAGUCCAAGGGAACAAGUUGUGGAUGGUUACACAGCACACAAGCAGAAUGAAGGAAAGAGGCAUAAAGAGCUUCACAAAUAAGGACAAAGGAGGAGGAUCUAACUAAAUAAGGUUACUUUCAUGAGGAGGGGGAGUGAUGACAGCAAGUUGUAAGUGGUCAGGAGUUUUCUUAUGUAGAUCUACUGGCCUUCUGCAGUCUUUCUAUUUUCUUCAUUCUUAUCAGUGUCUCCUGCAUUGUUUUCUUUCACUAUUUCAUGAGAGCUACUGUGUAUUAAUUAAUAUUUUAUGGCUUAACUUUUCUUAUCAGUGUCUCCUGCAUUGCUUUCUUUCACUAUUUCAUGAAAGCUACUGUGUAUUAAUUAAUAUUUUGUGGUUUAACUUUCAUGUUUUCACCAUGUUCAAAUUGGCUCAUUGGUUGUCAACACUAAAUAUAUUUCCAUGAUAUUUU